AUGCCCCGCCUCCCCAGCAACAUCCUCCUCCACCCCCCCACGACCCUCACUCUACGCAACCAGACCCUCUUCGUCCUCUGCCCUCGCCAACCCCCAACAACUCACCACCCCCUUCUGUUCCACCUCCACCGCCCUUCUCCCGCCGCCCCUUCUUUCAACUGUCCCUUUUGCAACCGCCCGUGCGCCAACGCUGGCACCCUUUCGCGCCAUGUAUCUGCGUGUUCGCGUCACUCCAGUGCUCGCCAGCAGGCUGCUCGCCCUCCACCACCCCGCCCCCCACCCUCUGCACCUCCAGCAUUGUCCCCACCCGCCAUCCCGGAGCAGACUUGGGAGGUGGUUCUCACCUGGGAUUGGUCAGGUUUCUUCAGCCCCACUGUCUUGCCGGGGCCUUUGAUUCGACGCAUUCCUUCUCGCAUCCGCCUCCUCAUGCUCAACGCCCUCCUCAUUCCUCUCCACCGCCUCGCCGCUUGCCCGGGUGACACAGCUGCCCACCUCAUCAUCCUUGCCUUUCCUCGCCUAGUACUUCGUUCUCCGCCUUCUUCUUCCGCCGUGUCAACUACAUCCGCUUGCGUUGCGCUCCUUCGUCGCUUCCUCCAAGGCGAUUGGCUCUCCCUCUUCCAAGAGGCAUUCGCUGCAGCUGUCCCAGCCACCCGCCCUUCCACUCUCACCUCAGCACGGUCCACAGCCUCGCAGGCGCGGAUUAAUCGGGCCAAACGUUUCGCUCGGUGUGGCGACUUCUCACGAUCCCUUGCAGCACUAGAAGCAGGCGAGCUGGCACCACCAUCUUCAGACACGGUCACUGCGCUUCAUGCAAAGCACCCUCCAGCUGCUGCCGAGAUCCCUGACUGGGUGGCCUCUUUCACUGCUACAGAGCUACCUCAGCUUACAGUCCCCUUACUGCACCAGGCCCUUCGUUCUGCCCCACGCGGCACAGCUGCUGGCCCCUCAGGGUGGCUCAUCGAGCAUCUGCGAGACACGUUCCUCUCUUCGCAGAACCACCUCCCAUAUCUCCUCCGCCUCUUCCAGUCCUGGUUACAGGGAGACCUCCCCCCGGCCGUUCGGUCUUACUACGCAGCUUCUAAUCUCGUCGCCCUAUCUUCCGGUGUGCGGCAGGGGGACCCUUGUGGACCUUUCCUCUAUGCCCUUACCCAGCAGCUCGCCAUCCACCCUACACAGCAACUCCACCCCUCGACUUUUAUCACUUCAUAUGCCGACGACACCUACAUAGUUGGCCCAGCCCCGGACGUUUUUGCCGCUUACAAUACCCUCACUUCCCGCCUGCAGCCUCUUGGCCUCACCGUCCAGCCUUCCAAGUGCUCGCUUUAUGGCCCUUCUGACAUUCCUCCAGACGCUAUGCCUCCACCAAACCUUGGCAUCGCUCCUAAUGGCCUCACUGUGGCCGGAGUACCUAUUGGAUCUGACUCAUACAUCAUCUCCUCAGUCGGCCACAAACUCCGCUCUUUUGCUACGUCUCUUUCUCUUCUCCACGACCUGCACGACCCUCAGAUAGCAUCUCGCCUUCUAACCCUCUGUGUCUCAGCACGCCCCUCCUUCCUCCUCCGCACGGUCCCUCCUUUCCCUGAAAUUACAGAGUUGUACACCGACUGGGAUAACGACUUACUCAACCACUUCACCCGCCUCGUUGGCUCUGAAUUUUGGCCACCUGACUUUGACCAUCUUCCUACCGCACACCACCAGCCAUUCCUUCCCAUCCGCAUAGGUGGCUUUGGCCUCCGCUCUUCCGCUGGGUUUGCUGAUCUCGGUUUCCUCUACAGCUGGGCCCAAUCUGUCCCUCUCCUGUCCUCCCACUUCUUCGUCGGCGGUGCUCCCAUCUUUCGCCCCUUCAUUUCCAGUGACACCAUUGACCGUCUCGACCCUUGCAUUGUUUCAGCCAUGUCACGCCUUCCCCCAGACAUUCUUCACCUUUUCCCCUCCUGGCCUGCCCUCAUUUCGGGAUAUCCCCACAAACUUUACUCCUACCUUUCCCAACUCAAGGAAGCUGCCAUGCUCGAACGGGUGCGCUCCACAGUGACUUCUCCCCUUCAUCUGGCCCGUAUAACCUCCUUGCAAGGGCCCCAUGCAGGGGAUUGGCUUUCUGUGGCCCCAUCCUCUCAGCAUCUCCAGCUUUCCCCGACAGAAUGGAAAAUUGCAGCUGCAAUCCGCCUCGGCCUUCCCAUCCCACACCUCACCACCUCCCGUGCUUGCAGGACAAUCACCUCCUUCCUGGUCGCCGUCCCGACAUCAGCUGCAGAGACACGAGUUCAGGAGCUGACUUGGGCCUUGGAUGUCACAGUGGCAGAUCCACAGCACGGUUUCCCUCACUCCAACGCCGCUACUGUCAUUGGUUCUGCUGCUGCUGCUCGUGAGGCGGAGAAACGCUCUCUCUAUGCUACAUCACUUCGCGAUCUCCCCCACGUCAUAUUCUUUCCUCUUGCAAUUGAAACAUUCGGCUGCUUCGGCAAGUCAUUCCUGCACUUUCUCCAAGAUUGCAGCCGUCGUGGUGCAGCCCGCAUUCGUGACUACAGUGGCACGACGGACCUGGUGCCUCACCUCCUAGAAACCAACUACUUCAAGCGCCUUUCCUUCGUCCUUCAGCGUGAGCAGGCUCGGUCCGUUAUCGGGGUAUCCCGGUUUCCCGGUUUCCCGGUAUCCCGGUAUCCCCGUAUCCCGUAUCCCGGUUUCCCGGUUUCCCGGUAUCCCGGUGAUCUCCUUUCCUCCUUUCUGCCUGCCCUGCUGCCUCCCCUUCUGUCUGCUGUGCUGCCUCCCCUUGCUGCCUCCUUGCUGUCUACUGUGUUUCCCUGCUGCCUGCCCUGCUGCCCCCCUUUUCUUACUGUUGCCCUGCUGUGCCUUCCCUUCUGCCAAAUCCCCGCUAAUUCAGGUCGUUCAGGGCAGCAGUCGUUCAGGGCAGCAGUGCAGCUAUUCUGGAUAGCAGGGCAACGACUCAACCCCUCUUCCACCCCUCUUCCUCCUCCUCUUCCUCCUGCUGCUGCUGCUGCUACUGCCGCCUCUGCUGCUACCCCUUCCCCGAUUCCCACCAUCAUCCCUCCCAACCCUCCAUCCGACCCCCUCGUCUCCCACCUGUUGCACUGCUGGGCCGUGCCGAGGAGGGGCAAGGGGGCGACAGCAAGGAGAGCGCGGGAGAUGGUGGCAUGGGAGCAGGCAGUCAGGUCGUCCCUUCGCCGCCUGCUGCUGCUGAACCAUGGCUGCUGCACCGCCCGCUACUGCUCCCUCCCUAGCUGCUGCUCCUGCUCGUCCUGCUCCGCUCUUCCCUCUCCCGUUGCCGCCUCUCAACCAUCUUCCACCGGUGUUUCUCACACCUCACACCUUCUGCACACCCCUCAAGCCUCACACCAUCACUUACACUCAACCCCCUUUGUCCCAUGGGACCUCCUCGCCUCUCUGCUCAACCUCGCCAAGCAAGCUGCCUCUCUUCCCUCCACUGCCGCUCCUUCUGCCAGCACCGCUGCUGCUACCACUGCAGCAGCAAUUUUUGAGUCGACUCAAAAAUCGACUCACUACACUCCUUCUGCCAGCACCGCUGCCGCUCCUUCUGCCAGCACCGCUGCUGCUCCUUCUGCCAGCACCGCUGCUGCUACCACUGCAGCAGCAAACGCCCCCACUAUUACUUCUUCCCCCAAGCCAUCUGCCAGCCUGUCCGCCUCGCUCCACUCGCCCCUCGCCCUCCUCGUCUCUCUCCUGCUCUCAGAGCUCGUACCUUGCCGCUUCUCCCGCUCGGCUCUCUCCCUCUUGCUCCUCGAAGACUCACCUCUUCCCUCGUCUGCUGCAGCUGCCAAAAGCUCUGGCCAGCAGGAGCAGCAGCAGAAUCGUGAGCAGCAGCAGCAGCAGGAGCAAGAAGGGCAAUCGAGUGAAGAGGGUUCUAUACGAAGCCUUUCAACCCAGCAGUUGCAAAUCCUCUCCACCUGCCUCCGCCACAUGCUCACUUCCUCACUCCCUACCAACCAGCAGCAGCAACUCAAUCUCACCCCCCGGCGCACCACACUUCCCUCCCCCUCCUCCUCUCCUUCCUUCCUCCUCUCCCCUCUCCUCCCUCCCCCUGUCUUGUCCAAGCAACAAGGGUCAGAGUUGCAGGUUUGGCAGCAGGGCAAGCGGGAGCAACUAGGGACUGGACAUCUGCAGCAGGGAGGGGAGGAGGGAGAGGAAGAGAGAGCAGAGGAGCAGAUAAGAGGUGGUGGGAGGCGGUGGAGUCAGGUGCAGCGGGUGCAAGAGGGGUUGAGAAGGAUGCAGCAGGAGUUGCAGCAGCGGCUGGCAUUGUCUGCUAUGGUCACUGCGGCCUUGUGUCACGGCGAGGGAAGAGGGAAUGAGGCGGAAGGGGCAGGGAGGAUCCACGCAGCAGGUGGGGGGUUGACUUUUGAGUCGACUCACAAGUCAACUCACGGCGAGGGAAGAGGGAAUGAGACGGAAAGGGCAGGGAGGAUCCACGCAGCAGAGGGGGGGUUGACUUUUGAGUCGACUCAAAAGUCAACUCACGGCGAGGGAAGAGGGAAUGAGACGGAAAGGGCAGGGAGGAGCCACGCAGCAGAGGGGGGGGAGGCAGCAGGGAGGGGGGCAGCAACGGCACCCUCAACCACGGAGGCAGGGAGGAACAAAGCAGCAGAGGGGGAGGCAGCAGGGAGGGAGGCAGCCGGGGGAGAAGCAGCAGCAGGGGCUAACGAAGCAGUAAGGGGGUGCAUGGAGCGGGCAGCAGGCAACUGGUGCCAGUGGGUGCUCUCUCAGACCACACACACUGCAACCACUGCUGCUGCUGCUGCUGCCGGGGGUGGUGAUGCCAGUAGUGUAGGUCAGGACUUGCAACCCCAGCCACGAUUCCCUCCCUUCCCCAUGCCUCCCUCUGUCCCAUCAUGCUAA